AUGGCAUACACACGCUCAUUAUGCGCUUUGCUCGCAGUCCUAACCAUAGUCGGGGCUGGCCACGCAGGGAAUAGACAUGCACACCAUGCGGAGGAAGUCCGGAAGCGACAGAUAUUACCGCCAGAAGUCAGCGCAUCUACAUCAACGACAUCACCUGGGGUGAUAGCAUACAUCACGCCAUCACCCGGUGCAAAUCCAGUUGCGAUCACCGCGCAAAGCCAACUAGUCACAUACUAUGUGCCGCAAUACACAUUAUGUCCUCUAGCGCAGUCAGACUUCUUCGCUCCGACACGGACGCCAAUCUCGCGGCCUACCACGGCGCCAUUCCACAACUACUCCUCCUCCAUACCACCCGGAAGUACCUCCUGCAGCACCAUUUACAGCCAAGCAACGAACACCAUCUGUGACACCACUCUUCGCGAUCUAAUAACAAGCUACCCGGUAACGGAGUGCUCCCAAGACAUCACCUUCUCCACCAGAGAAGGUUACCGGCUCAUAACGCCCACGCUAACAGCCAACAUCUCCACCAACACGACUUCCACAAACGGCACGGCCAUGAUAACUCCCACCCCCACCUUCAGCAUCCAAAACCUAACAACCUACUACUUCGCCCCGUGGCAGAACCUCACGGGCGGUACUGCACCCCCCGACAUCACCAAAGCGAUCUGUGCGGACUACACGAACGGCACAGAAUGCAUCACCGAAUACGAAGUCUGGCAUACGAGCGUCAUCACGGAAACGAGGACGGCGACACAAUCGCUCGAUAUCACUACACGCAUUCCCGGGCCCUCGAGCGUAGUGAUUUGGGAGACGAUCGUGGCAAACGUUACGGAAAUCAUGACGACUUUCAGCACGACGACGACUUCGGAGUUGGAGUACGAGACGAGUUGGACGGUGACGCAUACGAGGGCGGCGUCGUUUAGUACGGCGCCGACGGUGUUUGAGACGUUUACAGUUGAGCAGGUGUCUCCGGCGACGACGCCGACGGUGAGUGGUGAGAGUACGACGACGGUUCAUUUGACGAUUACUACGCAUGUGGGCACGAUGACGGUGACGUUGCAGCCUGGCGAGAGCGCGCCGGGGACGUACAUCAGGAGCUGA